CUACGCUUCAACGGCAACAAGUUCCGGGAUUUUGUCAAAACAAACCCACGUAAUUAUUCUGUCGUAGUUAUGUUUACAGCAAUGGCUCCACAACGCCAGUGUACAAUUUGCAGACAUGCUAAUGAUGAAUUCCAGAUUGUCGCUACUUCAUUCUAUUAUGCUAAAUUGUAUCCAACCAAAAUUUUCUUUGCUGUGGUUGAUUUUGAUGAAGGACCAGACGUUUUCCAAAUGCUUCGAGUAAAUACAGCUCCAGUUUUCAUGCAUUUCCCACCCAAAGGCAAACCAAAGCAAGGUGAUACGUUGGACAUGCAGAGAAUUGGUUUUUCAGCUGAAGCCAUUGCCAAGUGGAUUGCUGAGAGAACUGAUGUGCAGAUUCGAGUGUUCCGUCCACCUAAUUAUUCUGGUGCUAUGGCUAUAUUCGUGUUAUUUAUUGUGGUGGCUGGAUUCCUCUACCUCCGAAGGAACAACCUUGAUUUCCUCUACAAUAAGAAUUGCUGGGGUAUUGGUGCUGUGUUCUUUUGCUUUGCCAUGGUGUCUGGUCAGAUGUGGAACCACAUUAGAGGCCCUCCAUUUUUCCAUAAGACAUCAUCAGGUGCUACUGCAUUCAUUCAUGGAUCAUCACAAGGACAAUUUGUUGUAGAAACAUACAUUGUUAUGUUGCUGAAUGCUGCUAUAGUUCUUGGGAUGAUUCUUAUGACAGAAGCAGCAUCACACAAAGCAGAUAUGAGGAAACGAAGGAUAUUGUCCAUUGUGGGGUUGGUACUAGUAGCUACCUUCUUUAGUGUUAUUUUAUCCAUAUUUCGAUCCAAGGCUCAUGGAUACCCAUACAGCUUCCUGUUCAAAUGAAGACUAGUAGAGUUAGAAGAGAAAACUUCUAUAGCAGCAAUGUUUCUUGCUCAUAAAGGAUUCGUAAAAGGUUAUAGAGCGACGUACUUUCACAUACCCACUUCCAGUGUUUUCUCAUUUCUGAUGUCACAAACUCAGCGUACUUCUAAGACCCGCAAAUAAACCAUUUAUUUUGUUGCACUUGUCGAGACUUUUUCUUGAAAUAAAUGCCAUGUUAUGAUUUGUA